CUGAAGAACUAUAGGUUUAAGUUCUGUGAAAAGGGAAGGUGAAUCGGUUAAUGUUAAUGAAUACGUGGAGUAAGUAUAUUUAAAAAGUGCUAGAGUGUGCGAUGCGGAUUUAGAUACGUGCAUGCUUAAAGGUAAACCGUUUGUCCUAUAGAAAAGUGGAAAGAUGACGACCGCUGAUGACCAUAGCCAGGUAAACGGCGAAAGAAACAACAGCGCUGUUGUACCUGAGAAAGAUUCUACAAAUUCCAGGUUUAUUGUUCAGCCUACGGAAGAAAACUUACAAAUGAAAAAUGAUAAAUACGCCGUCAAAUUUACAGACGACAGAAAUGAACCUUCAAACGGAUGCGAGAAAUCUAAACCAAAGACACCCAAGGAAGAUGACGCAUCAAAGGCAUCUAAAAAGGUCAAGGAAGACAAUGAAGAUACUGGGGCGGAAGAAAAUGAACCAAAGACACGUGAGGAUGAAUGUUUCAUUGAGAUACAGGAGAGCCAGCAGGAGAGCUGGGUGCCGGAUGGAAGCUGGGGAUGGAUGGUCGUCCUGGGAGGAGUCAUCGUACACGUGUUUGUUGGCGGUAUGAUGAAGGCCAGUGGUGUGAUGUACAUGAAACUGAAGGACGAGUUCAACCAGAGCGCUGUGGCCACCGCCUGGGUCUUCUCCCUCUUCACAACCUUCCUGCUUAUGAUGGGUCCGGUCGCGAGCGCCUUGUGCCACCGCUGGUCGUGCCGGACUGUCGUGUUUAUUGGAAGUGUGUUAUGUGUCAUCGGUAUCGUCAUCUCGGCAUUCGCACCAAACAUUGAGUUCUUGUACUUCUCCUACAGUAUCGUCGGUGGAUUCGGUCGAUGUCUGACCUAUACACCUAGCCUUAUCAUAGUGACAAACUAUUUUAACAAACGGAGAGGUCUUGCCGUUGGCAUGACAACCGCUGGCGUCGGGCUGGGCAUGUUCAGCUUCCCGCCGCUUAUAGAGGCGUUGUUUGGGAUGUACGGUUACCAGGGCGCUAUGUUGCUACUAGCCGCCAUCUCCCUCCAGACGUUUAUAUGUGGCGCACUCUUUCGGCCCCUAGAUCUCCACAAACGCAUAUCCAAGACGUCCAGGAUUAACGAAUUGGUGAAGUUACAUCGAAGAGGCAGUGUGGGCGCUGGACUGAUCUUACAAGAGGUUUCCACUCCCAAACCUCGCCACCGAAAGUUAGAAGAAAAACUCAGGGAAGAUAACUGGCACGGAAGUAACGUUUUCUCUUCCACUACAGAGUUCACGUUCGUGGUUUCCGAACCUUCGCGUCGGAAGUCCGUUUUUCACGAAAAAAUGGGACAGAUGAAAACUCUACUCAAGUCCAAUGUUCCAAAAGAACAGAGGAAACCAUUCCUAGAACUAUCUCUAUUGAAAGAUUUUCCGUUUCUUUCCCUUUGCUUAGCAAUCUUACUAUUUACCAUGUCAAUGAUGUCGACAUUUGUGUUUUUACCACCAUUGGCAAAAUCGAAGGGAGUUUCUCAGAUCCAGGCGGCGUAUUUAGUCUCAAUUAUAGGAAUCAGUGACUCUGUUGCCCGGUUUACAUCCGGAUUUGUACUGGACAUGAAGCGCGUGAAGCCGUACAGAGUGCUCGUGUAUAACGGCGUCAUGUUUGGCGUCGGUGCGGUCUCCAUGGUGAUGCCCUCAUUAGAAAGCUUUGGCGCAUUUGCCGCCUUUUCUGUGAUGUACGGCAUCCUAGCAGGGACAUACGUGGCACAGAAGUCGGUCGUGGUUGUGGAUUUCCUUGGUCUGGAAAAGAUGGCCAGCUCCUUCGGACUCCUUCUAGGCUUCCAGGGCAUUGGGUCGCUGGUGGGGCCUACCAUCUCAGGUUUAUUUCGGGACGUUUUUGGCACAUACGACGAGGCGUUCUAUUUCGGCGGAAUCGGUAUCUUUUUAGGUGGCUUCGUGUUGCUAUGUGGGAACGUGGUGAAGAUUGUCCGUGAUCGCCGCCGACGGCGACAGGAAAAGGCGGAGAAGGAGGAGGUUUUCUGGGAUGACGAGAUUGAAGAAAGGGGAGAUAAGAGCCUUUAAACUGUUUAACACAUUUUGGUAUCUUGCACUUUCCUUUCGAGCAUCAAAGUUGCGAACAUUUUGCGGAGAACAGAGGGCUGAUAGUGACCAAACCUUUAACGGCAGUUUGGUUACUUAUAACUUGCCAAUUGAAGGACAAUGUGCUAUGUAAACCGCCAAAUCACAUGCGGACGCCUACGAAUAUCUUUGUGUACAGCUUCUUGUUUUUGAUGCAUGAUGAUAAUUAUAUCUAAUCAACAUCGUUUUCUAGUUCAUAUGCUCGUACUUCGUUGGAGAUAGUUUGUUUGAAGAAUAACAAGCUCUUUGUCGCAUAAAAACACACUUUUUUGGCAUAUUUAAUUGCGGUGGUAGAUAUUAUCAUUUUAUAUGCUUUCCGGUGAUUUAUAAAGAUUGGUCAGUAAAAUACGAACGAUAUUUCAUUGUUUCAAAGAAUGAACAUAUCAAUUUGAUUAUUUUCUCUGUUUUGAAAUUCUAACCCGAUCUCAAUUCCAAAUCAAACGUAAGUUUCGUCAAUUGGGAAACAAUUUGACCAACGUCAUUUCCGGAAUGACGUAUCACCGCACACAACUUUGCGCUUUUCUUAAAAACUUCUUUAAAGGGACUGUACUCAGUAUGAUGAAACAGCGAAAAAAAGAGAAAAUUGUCGAAAACUGACAUAGACUUGGUAUCGAUGUGUACAAUGCAUUGGAACUUACUAACUAAAGUACUACAUAGUUUACAAUUAAUUUAUUUUUCGCAGUUUUUUUCGUAUUUUUCCAUU